CCUCCGCGCGGCCCCUCCCGGAAGCGUCUCGCGGAGCGUCCCCGCAUGGAGCGCGGGCCCGGCGCGUCGGAGGCCGCCCCUACAGCGGCCGCGCUCUUCGCCUGGGGUGCAAAUAGCUAUGGGCAACUUGGCCUUGGCCAUAAAGAAGAUGUACUUCUGCCCCAGCAGCUGAGUGUGUUCUGCAGACCCGAGAGUGUGCGGAAGAUCACCGGUGGAGGCGGCCACUCUGCAGUUGUCACAGAUGAAGGAAGCCUUUUUGUCUGUGGCUUAAACAAAGAUGGGCAGUUGGGGCUGGGUCACACAGAAGACGUUCUGUGCUUUACCCCCUGCUCGUCCCUCCUUGGUUGUCCCAUCCAACAGGUGGCCUGUGGCUGGGAUUUUACUAUCCUGCUCACUGAAAAUGGUCAAGUUCUGUCAUGUGGCUCCAACGCCUUUGGCCAACUGGGAGUUCCUCAUGGACCUCGAAGAUGUGUGGUUCCCCAGGCCAUUGAGCUCUUGAGCGAGAAGGUCAUCAGUAUUGCUGCAGGACUGAGACAUGCUUUGGCUGCUACAGCAAGUGGCAUCCUGUUCCAGUGGGGAACUGGCCUGGCAUCCUCUGGUCGGCGGUUGUGCCCUGGACAGACACUGCCCCUGUUUUUGACAGCGAAAGAACCUAGCAGAGUGACAGGCCUUGGGAAUUCCAGAGCAAUAGGCGUUUUUGCUGGCUCAGGCCAUUCAGCUUCAUUGACAGAUGCCGGAGAGCUGUAUGUUUGGGGAAGCAAUAAGCACGGGCAACUGGCCUCCCCGGCUGCUUUCCUGCCUGAGCCCUGGAAAAUAGAAACCCGGUGUUUCCAGAAUGAGAAGGUCACCGCCGUCUGGAGUGGGUGGACACACCUGGUGGCACAGACAGAAACUGGCAAGGUGUUUACCUGGGGCCGGGCUGACUAUGGCCAACUGGGGAGGAAGCUGGAGUCUCAGGAAGGCCGGGAACUACAGAAGCAAGAUUCGUCUCUCUCUUCCUCACCACCUCAGAAGAGCUCACCUUCCCCUCUGCAUUGCUUAGCAGGAACAACUGAGGUCUCUUGUGGCUCGGAGCAUAAUCUGGCGGUGGUUGGUGGGACGUGCUACUCCUGGGGCUGGAACGAGCAUGGCAUGUGUGGGGACGGCACCGAGGCCAACGUUGAGGCCCCGAAGCCUGUGCAGGCUCUGCGGCGAUGGCCAGGACUCCGCGUGGGCUGUGGGGCCGGCCACUCCCUGGCCCUGUGCCUGCUGCCCACCCUCCCCAAGCUGGGCCCGGACUCCAAGGACACUGGUCCUACCCUCGGAACCGCUGCAGAAGCCACACCUCCGGAAACGGCCAGGGCAGAAAGAGAGACCGGAGGGAAGGACAACCUGAAACUUAUACCCAAAGACCUGCCAGGGGCAGAUGCUGGUGGCUUGUGA